AAUUUAUUCUGUCAAUUUAGUGUUUUCGACAGCUGUCAUAUCAUCUGCAAAUUACGAAGUUGUUUUCUGGCCAAAAAUAUUCUGUAAAUAGUAUUUUUUUCCGGAAUAAUGUCGUAUGCAUAUUUGUUUAAAUACAUAAUUAUUGGUGAUACAGGUGUAGGUAAAUCAUGCCUACUUUUACAAUUCACUGAUAAAAGAUUCCAGCCUGUUCAUGAUUUAACAAUUGGUGUAGAGUUUGGUGCUCGAAUGAUCACUAUUGACAGUAAGCAAAUCAAAUUACAAAUUUGGGAUACUGCUGGACAGGAAGCUUUCAGAUCAAUUACGCGAUCUUACUAUAGAGGUGCUGCUGGGGCUCUUCUAGUUUAUGACAUUACAAGAAGGGAAACCUUUAACCAUUUGACAACUUGGUUAGAUGAUGCUCGACAACAUUCAAAUUCUAAUAUGGUAAUUAUGCUCAUUGGAAACAAAAGUGAUUUAGAAUCAAGGCGGGAGGUAAAAAAAGAGGAAGGUGAAGCUUUUGCUAGAGAACAUGGAUUAGUUUUUAUGGAAACAUCAGCUAAAACUGCAGCCAAUGUGGAAGAAGCGUUCAUUAAUACUGCUAAGGAAAUUUAUGAGAAAAUACAAGAAGGUGUUUUUGAUAUCAACAAUGAGGCAAACGGAAUCAAGAUCGGCCCCCAACAUUCCCCAACAAAUCCUUCAUUGCCAGGAGCAGGAGGUUCAGGUGGAUCUCAAGGUUCUGCAUGCUGUUAAAACAGAAUUACUAAUUUUUUAAGAUAAAUGUAACGUAAAUUAUUUAAGGUUCUUAUUUUUUUCGCCUCGACAGCAGCAGGCAACGAUGUAUAUUACAUAAAUUUAUAUAAGAGAACAACUUACAUGUGCAUUAGUGCUUUAGGUGCUUUAAGGAUAUAAUUAUCAAGAUUACCUUAAUAGCAGAAAUAAAUUUAUGUAAUAAAGUUGUUUCGUAUUGUGAUUUUGUAAAUGUGUUAUAGAAAAAUCAUAUUUUCUUUUACUAUAUUAUAUUUUAUAUAUUAUUGACCCCUAUUAAGUACCUACAUUUUUUUUGCAACACCUGAUUAAAAUAUGUUUGUUAUAAUAUCCUUAAGUAUGUAUCUGUGGUGUUUUAGUCAACAUUAAAAAUGAUCUAAAAAUUCA